UUCUGAAACUACAGCUGUGGGUUGUGAAACUUCAACUCCUAGGAGGAUCCUCUAGAAUUUCAACAUAUCUGCACGUCUCAAGAGUUAGAAAAGCAACAUCUGAUGACCCAUUUUUAGAAAAAAGAGAACCAGAGAACAGGUCCUUCAUUUUUUUUUUUAAGUGAAAACAGAUUUUUUUUUUGCCAGAAGUUUUCAAACUGAUACAUCCUUCUUCACACAGGAAGAGAUGUUUUUGACCUUCAUCUUGUGACGGACAAGUCAUUUUAGCAUUACUCAUGUUGUAAUAAUACAAGACAUCACCUGCACCAUAAGAUACAUGACCAAUACACCAUGGCAAAUGAAACCACAGACUUCACCGACUGGGCAGUGACAACAGAAUUUGACUAUGGCGAUUCGACACCAUGCAUGGGAAUUGAGGAAAAGCACUUUGCAGCAAAAUUUUUGCCACCUCUUUAUUCUUUAGUGGUGAUAUUUGGCCUGACAGGCAACAUGCUUGUUGUCCUUAUCCUGGUAAAAUACAAGAGGCUGAAGAGUAUGACUGACAUCUACCUGCUCAACUUGGCAAUUUCUGAUCUGCUGUUUGUGUUUUCUCUCCCUUUUUGGGCUUAUUACGCAGUUCAUGACUGGAUUUUUGGGGAGGCACUGUGUCGAAUUCUGUCAGGUGUCUACCUUCUUGGCUUCUACAGUGGCAUCUUUUUCAUAAUCCUCUUGACCCUGGACAGGUACCUGGCCAUAGUGCACGCGGUGUUUGCUUUGAAAGCCAGGACAGUCACCUAUGGCAUCCUCGCCAGUGUCGUCACUUGGGCUGUUGCUGUUCUUAUUUCUGUUCCUGGGGUAGUAUUUCACAAAACUCAGAAGGAAAGUUCAGGCUACACUUGCACUGCUCAUUAUCCAUCAGAGCAGAGAAAUACAUGGAAGCAAUUCCUCACCUUAAAAAUGAACAUCCUGGGACUUCUUAUUCCAAUGUUAAUUAUGAUCUGCAGCUACACACAAAUUAUAAAGACGUUAUUGCAAUGUAGGAAUGAGAAGAAACAUAAAGCAGUCAGGCUUAUUUUUAUCAUCAUGAUUAUCUAUUUUUUUUUCUGGGCGCCAUACAACAUUUGCAUUCUCUUGCGUGAUUUUCAAGGUGCAUUUUCCAUCUCUACUUGUGAAGGAAAUGGUCAACUGCACAAAGCAAUCCAAGUGACAGAAACAAUCUCAAUGAUCCAUUGUUGUAUCAACCCUGUAAUUUAUGCUUUUGCUGGAGAAAAAUUUAGGAAAUAUCUUCACAGCUUUUUCCGAAAGCAGAUUGGGGUCCACUUGUCUAAAUACUGUCCUGUUUUCUAUGUUGACACAGCUGAACGAGCUAGCUCCACCUACACACAAUCUACCGGAGAACAAGAAGUUUCUGCUGCAUUGUAAGUUGUGUCUAGUGAAAAAAUGGAAUUGACUCUUGUGAGAUCAACUCUGUGAUGAAAGCCUACUGAAUCUCUCCUGGAUAUUCUUUCUAAGGCAGCUGAAAAAAAAAAAAAUCACAGAAUACAUAUUUAUCAAAGUUUGCUUUUGCUCAUAGACUUGGGUAUUUGUAAAUAAAUGAAAAGCAUGUAGCAAGUUACCUGAUUUGGGGCCUGAGCUAGCAGGCUAACAGAUUUUUUGAAGUGAACUAGAGGCUAUAAAUUUACACUGGUUCUUUGGAAACAUCUCUUGACUGUACAUUACACAAGAUAUCUCACUCAUUUAAACUCAGUCUCAGUCACAUUUUUUACUAGGCUGGUUGUGUAUCUCUGUAAAUAAUGCUAAAUUACUGAGGUCUGUGAUACUGCAUGGAAUGGAAAAUUUUAUACACUUAGAAUAGACUCUGAUAUUUUCCUUUCUGUACGGUUGAACCAUACAUAAACCACUUAGAUCUUUCUCAUAAUAGUUCUAACUACUAGGGGCUAAUACCUGAGUGAUUUUAGAGUUUGAUAUUUCUGAAGGCUCUCUUUUACUCAUCUGCUAUUAUUAUAUGCUAUUCACACUAAAAAGCUAAUAUAAUUGCAGAAAAUCAGUGUGGUAACAGUAUUUUAAAAAUAAAGUAUUGCAAAUGGAGCUUUAACUAGGUUGGAUCAAACAUGAACGAUGAGCCAACAGUGUUUUAGCUUUUUAGUGCAGUGAUUUUGCUUGCCAUUUUUGUAGCCUACAUAAAACUUAAAAAAAAGAAUGUGGGCAUAAUGGCUGCCAAACCACAGCAGCGUUAGAGGUGUGAAAAUGAUUUCUGAACAGGAUUAACACAGAUGUUUUUAAGAUAAGUGUAUGUUAGAAACAUUUAAGUUAACAAAACAUCUGAAUAAGUAAAAAUAUUCUCUGUUCUACAGAGUCAAGGGCAUAGAGCAUCUCUCUUGUUUUAGAAGCUGGUAUCAUUUGGGGGGCUAUGACAAUGGGAGUCUUUUGCCAUUUAGGAGUUUCACAGAGAGCAAAAGCUUCCGUAAUUAGUGAGACUGAUGGUUAAAUGUGACUGAUUCUCUGUGAAGCUCAGAACCUCUAAAGCAUGGGAACACAUAGAAAACAUGGAAUAAAUAUGGGGCUACUCACGUGCUUAAGAACAUAACAAAAUCACACUAUUAAUUAAUUUGGGCCAAGUUCUCCUUCUAACAGUUCUUAUAUUUCCCCUAAGACUUAUUGUAUUGGACAACUUUGGAGACAGGAAAUUAAAAAUGAAUAUUUUGUUUGCUGUUCCUAUCCAGAAGGGCAAUUUCUGUUUCCCAACUUCUCUAGACAGCCUUUUAAAUAAUAUUUUCAAAUAAGCAAAUGUUUCAAGAAGUCUCAAAGAAAUUUUACAGUGGAAAGUUCUUGUGAAAGCAGGAAGUGGAAUAGGGAAAUCUUUGCUUCUCAAACCACUUGUUUUGAAUUAUUCAUUUUUGUCAUAUUAAACACCACUUUGGAACUACGUCCACUUGGGAAGUGUAACAGAAGUAUACCAUACCUUCUCAUUUACCAGAUUUUCAGCUUCAUACUCUUCUUAAGGGCCCUGUACAUCAAUUAUUUUCUGGACUUUGUAUAUGCUUUUAAAAUGGGUGCCUAUAUCAGCAUAAUGAGAAAUACAUGCAGGAACUUCUAGUCAGGCUGCAUUUUUAUAUAUAUAUAUAUAUAUAUAUAUAUGUGUUGGGUUUGGUUUUUUUUUUACUUAUAGAAUACAUUUAUGAAAACAAUUUUGUAUUUUAUUCUGCUCUUGACAAUAACUUUCACUUGGCCUUGAAAACACCUUGCCUUUAGAAAACUACUUUCUCUGGAGCGCUUUGAUGCCAGACACAGUAAUGAAUCUUUAUCAGCUCUUCAGGAGUAAAGAACAACAACCAAACUUGCAUGGACACGCUGACAAACUUUCUGAGAGGCAUGUCAAAAAGCUGCCCUGAUCCUUCUGCAGCAUGGACCUCCAAUCAUGGCUCUUUCUAAGCAACAAGCAGCUUCUGGAGAAAAGAGGUAGAACUGAGACUGGUGGCCCAGUGGAUCAGCAGCUUAUCAAGAGUUUCCAUCACUUCACUGGAAAGGGAUCACACUUCACAUGAAAACAAAUCGUAUUUCAGCUACUGCAGUGAACUGUGAUCCACAUUCAAGGAGACAAUUGAAAACACAGUAUUUGGUAGCACUGCUUGUACAUUCAAUUAAGGACUCUGCCAAUAACUAUAAUAGCAUUUUGCAUUAUACCAUCCAUUAAAGUUGGUUAACAUUUUUGUUAGACCUCUUGAUCUUUUCCCACCUCCAUCCCCAAUUUUUUAGAAUAGGCCAGAAGAAUGGAAAAGGAGGAUAAAUUCUUCAUAACUCUGAAAGAACAGGCAGGACAAACUCAGGGUUUUACAAUUGGACUAAGAACCAGCAAAAUCAAAUAAAACAGGACCAUCAAGAUAACUCCAGUGCUCUUAACUGCUUGUCACUAAUAAUCUAAUAAUAAAUAUGCUAUUUUGGUUGUCAUUA